UACAUAUACUAACAUCUUCAACCACAAGCACCUGUCCACUUUAAUUAAUCUCCUCCAAACCAACAACACGUACAGGACAAACAUCCAUCUCACCACUAAUCGAGUUCGUUAGUUUCAAGCAUGGAUUAUUGGAAAUCCAAGGUUGCUCCCAAAAUCAAGAAAAUUUUUGAAAAGAGUGGCACCAAGAAGGCUGCUGCUGCAGAGCUCUGCAAGACCUUCGAAGACUCUAAGGAGGAGUAUGGAAAGGAUUUCGAAGAGAAGAAGACUGAGCUUCAACCCAGAGUUGUUGAAAUUUAUGAAGCUUCUUCAACUGAGAUCAAGGCUUUGGUGAAAGAUCCUAAGGAUACAGGGUUGAAGAAGAACUCAGCUGCAAUUCACAAGUUUCUUGACGAGCUUGCCAAGAGUGAUUUUCCGGGAUCAAAGGCGGUGAGCGAAGCGUGUUCUAAGGUGGGGGCAGCAUACUUGUCGGCUCCGGUUUUCUUCGUCUUUGAGAAAGUGUCUUCUUUGCUCCCGGAGGAGAAGAAAGAAGAGGCAGUGGCUACUGAAGAAGACACUAAGAAAAAUGGGGAAGCGGAGCCACCGGCAGCUGAGCCGGCCGCCGUUGAACCACCAAAGCCGGAAGAAAAAACGGCUGAGGCGGCGGCCAAAGCCUGAUCUCAAUUGAUGACCACGACGUCCCAUCAUACGCUUAUCAUCAAAUUUGUGCAUAAAGUUGCCGUAAUUUGUGUUGUAAGAAAAUAUAAAUGUGGUUUUUUUAGUUUUUUUUUUUUAUUCUUUAUUGAU